AUGAUGGUCCACUGCGCCGGCUGCGAGCGGCCCAUCCUGGACCGCUUCCUGCUCAACGUGCUCGACCGGGCCUGGCACGCCAAGUGCGUGCAGUGCUGCGAGUGCGGAUGCAAGCUCACGGACAAGUGCUUCUCGCGGGACGGAAAGCUCUACUGCAAGGUGGACUUCUUCCGGCGGUUCGGUACCAAGUGCGCCGGGUGCCUGCAGGGCAUCUCGCCCAGCGACCUGGUGCGCAAGGCGCGCAGCAAGGUCUUCCACCUCAACUGCUUCACGUGCAUGGUGUGCCACAAGCAGCUGUCCACCGGCGAGGAGCUCUACGUCAUCGACGAGAACAAAUUCGUCUGCAAAGACGACUACCUGAGCUCGGCCACUAUCAAAGAGGUCAGCCUCAACUCGGUGUCGUCAUGCACGGACCGCAGCCUCUCGCCGGACCUCCAGGACGGCGGCCUGCACGACGAGCUGAAGGAGACGGACAACUGCACGUCCUCGGAUAAGGAGACCAACAACAUCGAGAACGAGGAGCAGAACUCGGGCGCCAAGCGGAGGGGCCCCCGGACCACCAUCAAGGCCAAGCAGUUGGAGACCCUCAAGGCCGCCUUCGUCGCCACGCCCAAACCGACGCGACACAUCCGGGAGCAGCUGGCGCAAGAGACCGGCCUCAAUAUGAGGGUCAUCCAGGUUUGGUUCCAGAACCGAAGAUCCAAAGAGCGACGGAUGAAGCAACUGAGCGCUUUGGGGGCCCGCAGACACGCCUUCUUCCGGGGACCCCGGAGGAUGAGAACCUUGGGGGGCCGGCUGGAGGACCCCGACAUCCUGGGACCUGCUGCCUACGGCUACUACGGAGAGUACCAAGGGGACUACUACGGACCAGGAAGCAACUACGACUUCUUCCCGCACGGGCCCCCAUCCUCGCAGGCCCAGUCCCCGGCCGAGUCCCCCUACAUCCUGGGCUCGGGUCCCGGCGCCAUGGAGGCCUCGGGCCACCUCGCCACAGACGACCAAAGGUUCACGGACAUGAUCUCCCACGCCGAGACGCCCAGUCCGGAGCCGGGUUCGCUGCAGCCCGUGCCGGGGGAGGCCUAUGGGGGCGGGCCCAGCCCUCCAUUCUCCUUGGCCAGUAACUCCAGCUACAGCGCCCCCAUGUCCCACCAAGGCCCCGAGAUGGGCGAGGCCGCGGCCUGGUGA